UCCCAAUGGACUUGCCGUACAACUUUCGCUUUGCCCAGUUCUGGACUGGAGUCCGCAACGCGGAAUUUCAUUUGAGAAGGGAUACGUCAAAUUACUGUUUUCUUCAUAAAGUCUACGUGUCGUGUCAAACUUAAAGAGCCGACAAAAGUUACGUGAUGAAGCACGGGAUUUAACUUGGUUUCGCGCUUUCGCAAAAGCGUAGCGAGGCAGCCUGCAAGCAGAGCUAGGCCAAGUGGAUUCGUCGUGCGACGUCCGCAUUUGUUUUAAUUCCUACCCGUUUUGAUACUCAACAGUGAUCGUAAAUGAAACCAGAGCACCGGGACGCGGUCCUGCGGGCGUGCGGCGCUUCGUCGCUGCGUGUGGGUGCAAAGAUUCAGACGCUGUGGAGCGGCUACGGCGAGAUCGUCCGCCUGCACCUGGAAGGCUGUGAGCGGCCAUCGGUGGUCGUCAAGCACAUAAAAUUUCCCUCGAAGGGGGCCGGGCACGCCGCCGCCGACCCCGCCGCCCAUCGCUCCCACAUGAGGAAGGUGAGGUCCUACGAGGUGGAGACCCACUGGUACCAGAACUACGCCACCAAUUCCAAGUGUAGGAUACCCGCCUGUCUCGCCGCUUGUUCCCAUGGAGACGAGAUGCUAAUCGUGCUGGAAGACCUGGAUGUGGCUGGUUAUGACCAAAGAAGAACCAACGUGAAAGAUUAUGAGAUGAGAGCGUGCCUCAGUUGGCUGGCCCACUUCCAUGCUCACUUCCUGGGGGUAGCCCCGCAGGGCCUGUGGCCAAUCGGCACCUAUUGGCACCUGAAGACGCGCCCGGAUGAGCUGGAGGCCAUGGACGACGCCAGGCUGAAGGCUGCGGCCGGCGCCGUGGAUGAGGCGCUUAAUAGCUGCCGCUUCCUUACCAUCGUGCAUGGCGAUGCCAAGCUUGCCAACUUCUGCUUCUCCUCUGACGGACGGGAUGUGGCGGCCGUGGACUUUCAGUAUGUCGGCGGUGGCUGCGGGAUGAAAGAUGUGGCAUACUUCCUAGGAAGCUGCCUUGAAGAAAGGGAGUGUGACAAGAUGGUGCCGGGCCUGCUGGAUCACUACUUUUCUGAGUUAAAGCAUGUCGUGAGCGCCCAGGUUGACUUUGCGGCGUUGGAGAAGGAGUGGAGGGAAAUGUUCGCCUUUGCGUGGACUGAUUUCCGCCGGUUCCUGCUGGGGUGGAUGCCAGGUCAUUGGAAGAUCGACCGCUACAACAAGAGGCUGGCCGACGAGGUUCUGAUCAAACUCAAGCUUUGAACGUAACAAAAGCAUCAGCUCGAACCUUUUUAUCUAUACAGCACUCCCAAAAAGUUGGAUCAUUGGGUUUUUGUGUCCAGUAUUUAAAAAAAAGCCCACAUCCCUAACUUUUAAUGGAUUGCCUAAUGAUCACAGGUAGAAAAGUACUCAUUUCAACACCUUCUUUCACUUCCAGAUUGAAAAAAAUGGAGAUUAAUUUUCUCUGCACGCACUGUGAAUGAUACAAAAUACAAAUCACAUACAUUUA